GGAAGCUGUCAGCUGUGAACGCCGCAUCAGCUGCAAUGAGUUUUGAGUGGCCCUGGCAAUAUAACUUCCCUCCGUUUUUUACACUACAGCCCAAUGCUGACACGAGACAGAAGCAGCUGGCAGCAUGGUGUUCCCUGGCUCUGUCUUACUGCCGCCAUCACAAGCUCUACACCCUGGACGUCAUGGAGGCUCAGGAAAGCCCCGUGUUCAACAACAAGAAGAUAGCACGAAAACUGUCAAUGGAAGCGAUUCAAGUUGUGUUUGAGGAACUGAGGAAAAAAGGGAACCUUGACUGGUUGGACAAAAACAAGUCCAGGUGUUUAGUCAUGUGGAGACGACCGGAGGAAUGGGGCAAGUUAAUAUACCAGUGGGUCUCCAAAAACGGGAUGGUCAACUCUGUGUUUACACUUUAUGAAUUGUCGAAUGGCGAUGACACAGAAGGCGAAGAGUUCCACGGUCUAGAAGAGUGGAUGCUGCUGCGCUCGUUGCAGGCUUUACAGACAGAAGGUAAAGCGGAGAUCAUCACCAUGGACGACGGGAAAGGCGUCAAAUUCUUUUGAAACUGGUGCUGGAUUCACUCACUCUGUCUGGGAGCCCUCAUACUGUACUUUAUAGGCAAAAAAUGUUUAAAUUGUAGCCAUUUGAGGCUACACAAGGUGCACAUCAAAGCCCAGCCCAGUGGAUGCUGGUCCUGUUAAAUUGUUGUUGCCUUUUUGGUUCGCCCAAGUUCGAAGCCUUUUCUUACAGGAAGGGAACCAAUAUCAUUCAUAAGUGUUGAGGGGGGUGGGGGGCGCAUUUGGGCUGACAUCAUGUUUAAAGUUGCUAUAUGGAGCAUUUGUUGCCAUUUAAACAUACAAUAAGUCUAUCAGUAGACUUAAUACUAUCAUGUUCUAACACUCUUGGGGAAGUUGUUUCCACCAGCUGUAACUUUACCCUUUCUUUAUUGUAAAUAGGACUAGUUUUAUUCCCAUUUUCCCCAAAU